UGUGUGUGUAUUUUUUUGGUGUAUGAUCAUGCUUGUUGUUCUGCAUGUCCUGCAAACGUGAUGUACUUUCCAACUCCUGAUUGGACAACACAUAUGGUAAUGAAAGUAAUGAAAUAGAUGUUAAGUGUUAAGGCUCUGCAAAGUCGUACACGAGACACCCAUGAAACACCCUUAAACACUAGCGCAAGAACAAUCUUGAGGGUUCAACAGGUAGGACAUCAAAAAUUAACAAAUUCUUUCUUCUUUCUAUCUUCUUCAACUGCCAUUGCUGUAACUGUAUGUUGUUUCUGAUUCUGAUUUUCAGCUUUAUAAUAAAAAGAAUUGCAUUGAAUUGUAGGAACCCUGAACUAUGGAACCAGAAGUCAGUGUCAACAGGACCACCAUUGGGACUGAAAUACACCCCUGCUAUGAAAUAGAUCAUUUCAAUUACAAACUAACAAACAACCCUUCCAUCAUGUGUGUAUUAUUAUAUAUUUUUCUUGUAUCAUUGUCAGUCAUCACAAUAUGUGGAAACCUUCUUGUAUUAAUCUCCAUCAUUUAUUUCAAACAGCUCCACACUCCUACAAACUACCUUAUUCUCUCUCUGGCUGUGGCUGACCUGCUUGUUGGGAUUAUUGUCUUUCCUUUAAGCAUGGCAUUCUCUCUCAGCUCAUGUCUUUAUCAUGAGGAUCUAUUUUGCAAAGUUCGAGGCAGUUUUGAUAUAUCACUGAGCACAUGUUCUAUUCUAAACCUAUGUUGUAUUUCCAUUGAUAGAUACUAUGCAGUGUGUCAGCCUCUGACAUACAGAACUAAAAUCAACCAUAGUGUUGUUGCGAUCAUGAUCCUGGUGAGCUGGGUGGUUUCUGCUCUGAUUGGAAUUGGUGUCAUAACUGGUGGUUUAAACAAUGACAAAUGUGAGGACAGGUGUUUAAUUGAUGUUCUCAUUGCAAACACUGUUGGACCUAUUUUAUCAUUUUACCUCCCAGUGAUCAUAAUGCUCUGUAUCUAUUUUAAGAUUUUUCUUGUUGCACAGAGACAGGCAAACAGCAUUCAGAACAAAACCUGUCAGGGCACAAAGUCUGGAGCAACUGUCAGUAAGAUGGAGAGAAAAGCCACCAAAACUCUGGCUAUUGUUUUGGGGGUUUUUCUUUUAUGUUGGACUCCUUUCUUCCUUUACAUCACUUUUGUGCCUUUAAGUAAUAAUUCAGCACCAGUUCCUGUUAUUGAAACUCUUAACUGGCUUACACUAUCAAAUUCAAUGCUCAAUCCAUUUAUUUAUGCCUUUUUUUACAGCUGGUUCAGGGCAGCUUUUAGAAUGAUCAUUUCUGGAAAAAUAUUUCAAGGUGAUUUUUCAAACUCAAAAUUGCAUUGACUCAAUCUUUGGGGUGUAAAAAUAGGAUAUGGAAAUGUCAGAUAUUACAGUCGAUACUGACUCAAUGAAACUGAAUGUAUUUACACAGAAAUUUGCAAUUUAUUGGACUCUAUAUGCAUCACAUACCUAUUUGUAAUAGAAAUAACUAAAUGUAUAGAAUCCUGUGAAACUCACCAUCUGAAGGUAAAGUUAAAACUAUUUAACAAGGCUACAUGUAAAUAAACAAGAGCAUUUACAACAUUUACAAAUUUUUUGCUUUUAAUGUUUUGUAAAGCUUAUUUAAGGUUCUCUAUCCUCGGACAGGGCAGAGGCCAGAGGCUUGCUGUUCUCUUUGCCUUUGGCCUGUAUUUUAAGUACAAUAACAACAGAAACUCAGUGCAUUGUUGGAAAGUGUUAGAUAGCCUAAAUCAACAGCCUGUAAAUAUUUUUGCUAAAAGGUUUUGUCAUCUGCAUGGUGGAAACUCUCAACUCAAAAGGGAUUUGUGACUGAAUAAACUGAAAAGGAGACACUAUUUUCAGCCUUUUGCUUCAUUAUACUAUGUGCCAAACCAUUGAAUGGUGUCUAUUGAAAUACAAAAUGAAACACAUUGGGCAAUUAACAUAAAUGAUCUGCAGCCUUUUGAUUUUAAAAACUUAAUAGGAUUUAUUAAUUUGAAUUAAUGAAUUAAUUUGAAAAGUAUUUCACAAGCAUUGUUGUAUGAAAAAAACAAAACAAGGGGGAGGCUGAGGAUUGGGCUCAGAUCCCAGGAUGGACAUAGGGACCCCGUGCUACCGACUUCUGAAAAAACAUUAACUUGUCCACCUGACUCCACUUGAAAUAUACCAUACUGCCAAAAGUAUUCAUGCAC